UCUCUAAUAUCUGCAGGUAUGUCAACCACAAGGUACCACGUCCUGAAAAAUCGAUGGGAGUAUUUUGGUCAGAUGCCAGAACCUAGGAACCAUCAUGCAUCUGUCUUUUUGAACAGUUCUAUCUAUAUAAUAGGUGGAUACGAUCCAGAUUCAAGUAAGAGUGGUGAAAUGAUACCGACAGGAACUACUUAUGUACUUGACCUCACCACGAAAGAAUGGGAAAGUAAACGGAACAUGAUCUGUGCUCGAGCACACCACGGUGUUGUAACUAUUCGUGGCCGUAUUUAUGCUAUCGGUGGUCGUGAUAGCAGAGGGAGAGUGGUUUCGUCUAUGGAAGUAUACACACCGGAAAUAGACGCCUGGGAAAUGGAGAGACCAAUGCCCAUACCACGCAUGGGUCUGGGUGCAGUGACCUACAUGGGAUUUAUCUGGGUACUUGGUGGGUUGACGUCGUUUCCAGAAAAUUCUGAUUAUGAUUCACCAGUUCUUGAUAGCGUGUUGUGCUAUGAUCCAGUAACUAGAAUAUGGUCAUCUCGUCCUCCGCUGCCAAUGGCUAAGGCUUACUGCUCAGCCGUUGUUGCACAAGAUAAACUGUGGGUUGUUGGCGGUUGUUGUGUUUCUCAGUCCAAUAAAAACCACCUAGUGAGCACAGGAUUGCUCGAUAUUUAUAAUAUGGACUGUAACAAGUGGGAAACUAGAGCCGAGCUACAAAUACCGAGACAUUCUGCUGGGGUUGUUGCUUUUGAAGCCUUUAUCUAUGUUAUUGGAGGUAUAAGCAGUAAAGAAUGGGGACCAGUUUCAAAAACUGAACUCUUCAUGUUGGACGACGAAAGCAUCAGAAAACCGAAAGAAAUCCCUGUUCCUUUAACUGGUGUGUCAGUAAUUGCCAUACCUCCAGUAGAAGCUGUUUUACGAACAAAAAGUCUCAGUUCUGUGAUUCGACGAAUAAUUGACCAUUGAUUUGCUUACUGUAAUUCGGAAUGCAAAUAUCCAAAAAUCUCACCUGAAAUGACAAAGUAGGGGCUUUUACUCUGAAGUUUUUAAAAUUGUUGGGGUAUUAAUAUUUGAGUGUAAUAUAUAUAUGAUUUCCUGUUGAAACAUUCUAAUGGAUGUCAGUUUGUUUUUCAAAAUUCAAAUUAUACCACUCGAAGUGAUAACUUAUUAAAUCAAAUACUGUUUAUGUUUGUUUUGUGGAUUACAUUUUAGUUCGGAGUUGUUGUUUUGUGGAUGAAGUUUAAGUUAGGAGUUCUU